AUUGAGAAAAAAUGGUUAAAAUCGAUGAUCCAUGUAGUGUUGAAAGAGUUCUAGAUCAUCAUCAUCAAAGUCAAGCUCAAAUAACCCAUUUACAUUCACCAACGCCCCAGCAACAUCAUCAGCAGCCACAGCAACAACCACAAGAUCAAGAACAUCACCUGCAGCAAUUACAUACCCAUCAUCAAGCGUUGCUGAACACCCACCAACAUUUGCAGCAGUUUUAUAAAAUGGCACGCACUCCCCACUUGAAAUCAAGCUUCUCCAUUAAUGCCAUUCUACCCGAAACUGUGGAAGAUAAUAAUCACAAUAACCAUCACAAUCACCCCCAACAUCACAAUCAAAAACAAAAUGAUCACGUAAGAUCGUACAAUCUCUGUGAUGACACUGAUGUCCAAGAUGCCGACUCAGAUUUAGAUGUAACCAGCAUGUCGCCUCCGCCACCUACCGACGGCAGCGAAUUAAGUAUUAAUAGCACCGAAGGCUUGACGCACAACAUACGAAAUCACCAUCAGCACGAUGAUGACGGCACCGAAAGUGAUUUCGAGGCUGGUUUGGACCCUGAUGUGGUCGAUGAUGAUGACGAUUUGGAUGGUGACGUAGAGGCUGAUGGUGAUGGCACCGAGGGUGAGGGGGAAAAUAAAGAUGGCGAAAAGCCGGUAACGGAUAAGAAGGGCAAUGAGAAACCUCCCUACAGCUAUAAUGCACUCAUAAUGAUGGCUAUUAGACAAAGUCCUGAAAAACGUUUAACCCUCAAUGGCAUCUAUGAAUACAUAAUGACAAACUUCCCCUACUACAGAGACAACAAACAGGGCUGGCAAAAUUCCAUACGGCACAAUCUCAGCUUAAACAAAUGUUUUGUCAAAGUACCCCGCCAUUAUGAUGACCCGGGCAAGGGCAACUACUGGAUGUUAGACCCCUCUGCCGAUGAUGUCUUUAUAGGGGGAUCCACGGGUAAGCUAAGAAGGCGCACCACCGCCGCCUCAAGAUCAAGGUUAGCGGCUUUUAAACGUUCUCUGAUAGGGCCAAUGUUUACCGGUCUAGGUUAUCCACAAUUCAAUCAGUUCCUAUAUCCUCAGCAGGCGGCACCCACGGGUGCUGCCAAUCCCAGUCUGUUAGCUAGCAUGUAUGGCAGAUAUAAUCCCUUUGUGCCAAAGAAUCCAGCUUUACCUCCUUCUCCCUUCUCUGCCAGAGUUAAUAGUGCCAUGGCGGCUGCCAACUACAGUAACAUGGAGCGAUUACUCUCUGCCGCAGCCAUGCCUCCUCAAAGUCAUCAAGCAGCUGCAGCAGCCGCCUCUAUGCCCACCUCCGAUCUCUAUCAGCGUUUGCAAUAUCAACAGCUCCUGCAACAACAUGCCGCUGCUGCCGCCAUAGCGGCGCAUCAACGACAACAACAUCAGCUGUCAGCUUUACAUCACAUCAGCGCACCAACUCACCAGCAUCAAGCUCCAACAGCCGUCCAUCAGCCAUUGCAAGUUUUGACACACCUGGGCCAGCCUUCAUCGUCACCCUCCCAUUCAAUAUCACCGUCGGCGACAGCAGCCGCUUCACCGCCUGCGCCCAUCUUAAAACCGGUAACGGUAGUUUCACGCAAUAGCUGAGUAUUUAUUGCUGUAACGUCACUUGUACGUUGUGCUAAUUUAGUAAGAUUGACUUGUAAAUAUUACAUUUUGGAUUUUAGAUUCCAAACAUUAAGCAGGGCUUAA